GGUCGCUGACGUUCGGAGUAGCGCGUUGAGCAUUGUUCCUCGUCCUCGCGAUGUCGGAAGUAUUCAAACUGGGUGAUCUAGUAUGGGCGAAGAUGAAGGGAUUCUCGCCGUGGCCCGGCCGGGUAUCAGUUCCUUCAAAGGACUUGAAGAAGCCUGCGAAUGCUAAAAAGGGACCAGUACAAUGUAUCUUCUUCUUUGGGACAAACAAUUACGCAUGGAUAGAAGAAUCCCACAUUAAACCCUACCAAGAGUAUAAGGAUACUUUGGUGAAAUCUAGCAAAUCUGGAGCAUUCAAAGAUGCAGUGGAAGCUAUAGAAGAUUUUAUCGCCAAAGGAGAGGUAUUUGAGGAUGGUUUGGAUCCAGAUUCCUUAUUCGACAGACUCAAAGAAGAGACUAUAUCUGAGAAGAAAACGCCUGUCGUCAAAACACCGAAGCCGCGAAAGGAGACUGCUGCUAAAACCACCAAGCGUCUCAGCGACAGCGGUACAGAACGUCGACCGGCUAAAAAGCAGCGUCGAGAAUCCAGUAACAGUAAUGGUAAUAGACUUGGUAGUAUCAGUCCUACCCUGAACCAUUCUUCCUCGGCUAGAAAAACGGGCUCGCUUCUCAAUAGACCGGCAAAUAUCGCCAGACCCGUUACGCCACCUUUAGAUGUCGAAACAAUGUCGCAAACUCUCAGAGAGAAGAAUAUCCUUCCAUCGACUUUGAAAUUUGGUUUUCUCGGACUCGGCAUCAUGGGUAGCGGUAUUGUGAAAAAUUUGAUCAACAGUGGUCAUAGUGUGAUCGUAUGGAAUCGAACACAGGAAAAGUGUACAGAUUUUGUGAAAGCGGGAGCUAAGCAAGGAUUGACGCCGUCCGAUGUCGUCCUGGCCGCCGAUAUUACUUUCUCUUGCGUGGCUGACCCUCAAGCUGCUAAGGAUAUGGUCUUUGGUAAUUGUGGUGUUCUAACAGAGAUAUCGCCAGAUAAAAGCUACGUUGAAAUGACUGGCAUUGACGCAGAGACAUCUCAAGAUAUCGCCGAAGCGAUAAAUGGCAAAGGUGGUCGCUAUCUUGAAGCACAGGUACAAGGAAGUAAAACUCAAGCGCAAGAAGGUACUUUGGUCAUUCUUGCUGCUGGAGAUCGGUCACUUUUCGAUGAAUGCCAAUCUUGUUUCGAGGCAAUGGGCAAAAAUAGCUUCUUCCUUGGCGAGGUCGGCAAUGCUUCCAAGAUGAAUCUUGUACUUCAAUUAAUGGCUGGUGUUACUCUGGCCGCUCUGGCCGAAAGCAUGGCACUAGCGGAUCGUGCUGGACUUCGGCAGAAAGAUAUUUUAGAAGUCCUGGAGUUGACAUCUUUAGCAUGUCCGGCAAUUCUUGAAAAAGGCAAAGCGAUUGUUGAAGGCGGUUUCCCUACUCAGCUACCGUUACAACAUAUGCAGAAGGACCUGCGACUGUCGUUAAGCAUGAGCGAUCAAUUGGAGCACCCAUUACCAUUGGCUGCCGCAGCGAACGAAGUGUACAAGCAUGCAAGACGUCUGGGAUACGGUGCACACGACGCUUCGGCUGUUUAUAUUAGGGCCAGGUUCUAACGCAGCAUACGCUUCGUGUUAUCACCGAGCUUCUUGAUAUUUAUUGCGAUACCUGACGUUGUUUCCCGCCGCUAACAGGGAGAAAAAAAGGAGGAAAAGAGAAAGAGAAGAAAACAUCAUACAUAAAAAAUAUAGUCGUAUAUUUUUGUUUGGUACAUGAUUUCAAAAGAUAUAUACCCAGA